AUGGCGACGAGGACGAAUGACGCAGGAUUCUGGGACUCAGACGACCCCCGCGUGAACAAGAUCUACAUCGAGACGUUGAAGAAACGUGCCUUUAGCUCCCAGGAAAAUCGAAUCGACAUCACCCCCUCCAAUUUCAUUCAUGCUUUGCUUAUGACAUUUGGAAAGGAUUCGUAUAUGCUAUUCUUCUUGAUGGGGACAGUGGUGUGUUUUAUGAUCAAUCAGUGGCAGUCGUGUUGGCUGAUCUUGGCGUUGGUGUUUGUACUCCUGUUGAAAUUCGUGGUUGGCAUGACAGAUACUCGUGAGUUGCGGCGGAUUUUGGCGCGCGAGAACAAGAAACAGUGUGUCCGGAUCGACGCGACUGUGGGGGGUGCUGCAGUGGCUGCCUGGCAAGAUCUGGCGGCCGGUGACGUCAUAUUGCUUCAGCAGAAUGAGGAGUUGCCGUGCGACUGUUUGCUGUUGUCUACGUCGCACAAGGGCGGGUUGGGAUACUUCGAGAGUGAAACGGUGGCGGGUGCGGCGCCCAUUCGGAUAAAGCAAUCCUGUCGGGACACCCGAAUGGUAUGCACAGUAAACCAGGCCUGUCGGUUAGGGGGCUACGUAAUAUGGUACCUAUUUCCUCAUCCGUACUUGGCACAAAAAUUGGCCGACGGGCAGCGAGCGCGCUUCCGGGGACAGCUCAAGUUGAAAGAUUAUCCACGUGCCUGUGAAGUAUCAAUUUCGAAUGUGAUCUUUAAAGGGCAAGUUUUACGGAACACGGAUUGGGCUUUUGUAUUGUGUAUCUUCACGGGUAAGGAUUGUUUCAUUCAUCAGAAUGACACGUUUAAUUACUUGGAAGUCCGUGGUCCGUUGGCUAACUUGGUGGAGAAGCAAUCGAUUUUCGGUGCGGUGUUGUCUGUGUUGUGUGUGUUGCUCCAAUUCACGCAAUGGACCGCCAUCGGUCCGGCUAGAGGGCGCAUCUGGCAGUACCUGAAUCGUAUGCAGGUGGGUAACCGUCGCCAAAUGCUUGCUGCUGCCUUCGCACGCUACCUCUUCUUCAUACCCCUCCUUUGCGCCACGCCAUACGCCCUCUCCCGCUCCGUCGAAGUCUGGCGCUUCAACCGCCGCAAAACGGUCCAUCGCGACGUGUACGUCGUCAACCCAUCCGGACUCGCCUCCCUCUACGAAACCACACACCUCGUCGCCGAAGUUAACGUCUUCCUUCUCCGAGACUCCGAAUGCUCCGGCUUCACCGUUGGCACCGACUCCUUCGGUGUCCGGAGACGCAAACAACACAAUGCCGGUCUCGACGCCGCCACCCAGGGGACUGGCACCCAACAGAGUGAUGCCCAAAAAGCCGGCGCUGACACCACCCCCGCCAGGGCGGAGGGGACCACCCCCAACGGAACGGACGCCUUGGCAGACGCGGCGACGGGACGAACCGGACCCGAUGCACAAGACUCCGGCGCCAAGGGGCCCGGUGGCAGCUGUAUGAAACCGGCCGGACUCGCCGCCAAUCGCGACCGGCGUAAGAAACAGAACGUACGUCUUGCUUUCUCAGACACCGUCGAUCACCAGGCCGCCCAACCCACGGACCGUCCCGUCGAGCAACGCCCGAUGGAAAACAGGCCAGACCAGACAUUGCGCGAAAUCAUGAACGCCGGACCUCCACCGAUGGGCGCCGCUAAUUCGCAAGGCGCAAUCAAUUCGCAAGGCGGAGCCAACAGACUGCGGGCGGACGGUAACCUCAACCGGGGCGCGGCUGCACCGAAUUCGGACGCAAGUGACGAGGAGUCCGAAGAGGUCUACAUUUCGGAGUCGGAGGGUGAAGACGAAGGGCGACGUGAGGAGCGGCGAGGUGAGGAGCGGCCGGAUGGUGUUGAGGAGACCCAGGAUAGUACGCCUCGACGCAAGCUCAAGGGUCCAGACCAGAUACGGAACGGGGAGGGUCAGACGGCUGUGCGACGGUCGGGUUCUAACGAGUCUGCGCGUCGCGACGUACGUUUUGGAGACUCGUCGUCUACACCUGCAGGUUCGGAGCCGGACACGGCACCGGAUUUCAAGCAAAGGUACGCGGAAGGGCGGAAGUCGGAAGAGGGGCGGAAGUCGACGGAGAGUCGACGAUCCGGGACAAGUCGUCGGUCGGGCGGGAGUCGGAGGUCCGCGGAGAGUCGCCGGUCUCCGGACCGUGUGCCUGAGCGGGAGUCGUCGGGUCGUAGGACGAAUUCGGGGUUCGGUCGGGGCCGUCAUUUCCGAAAUACGUCACGUUCGAGUUCGCUGCGCUGGGACUUGCUGGAGAAUAAUUUGGUAAGUUACGGUAGUGUCGAGGGGCAGACGGGUCCGGAGCAGGUGAACUCGGCGUACGUGCCGAUCCCACGGAUUCGCACAGGGUCCAUGUCGAAGAAGCGCAAGUCGAAAAGCCACCUGAAUUACGGUCCGCCUUCGUUCAUCAACGAAUACCCACCGCCGGCGGUAUCCGCCCGGAUCAGUUUGGACGUGAAGACCUCGGACCUGGAGACGUUGUAUACCAACGACACAAGCCGGGCACGCUAUCUGCACCAUUUCCUCAAGUGCAUAGCGUACGCCAACUCGUGUACGCCGAUAAUCAAGUCGGCCCCGCCGCGGGGUAUGGUGAGUGGGUCAGUAGCCGAGAGGGAAUCACCAGGGAUUUCUGAUCAGCCUGGCGCCGGUUGGAGGCCGCCUGUGGACUGCCACGACUACGUAUCGCGCGUGGGUUUCCAGACCUCAAUGUCUACCGUGGAGACUCGGGACUUGGCGUGGCGCGGCGACCUGAUGCCGCGGCUGGACUACCACGAGGGGCGACUGGAGGAUAGUGCAUUAGUCUCGCUGGCAUCCUACAUGGGUGUGACGAUGUUUUCGCGCACAGAAAGUUAUAUUGACUGCGAGGUGAACGGCAAGGUCGAUCGCUUCCACGUUCUCGCGUCUUCACCAACAGUUCUCACAGGCACCUGCAUUGUGGUGGGGCACUUAGACGGUGACGAUCAGGUUGUGUUGUACGUGACGGCACCGUACAGCGCGUUGAUCUCGAGAUUGGGCGUGAGCACGCAUAGUAAAGAAAGUCUGCACCGUCGAAUCAUUGCGUUGGCGGAACGUGGUCACAAGACCGUGAUUGCGGCGUAUCGAACAUUGACGGAAACGGAGGUGAAGAGUGUGGAGAAGGUAGCAAAGGAGGACCCAUCACUGUUGGUGGAUGUGUUUGAGAAGCUGAACCGUGUGCUGUACCGUCUGAUUCGUAGAUUACGGUAUUUAGGUUUGGUUAACACGCGACUGAACGCGUGUGCGUGUUCACGUCAGUUUACGAGCUCUUUACAUAACUGCAGCCUCCCUAUGAUCGGACUAUGUUGUGAACGUACGGUCGACGCUGUACGGUUGGCGGUUACCGCUAAUAUGGUGCAAGACGCGCCUGUAGUAUAUUAUUUACAGCAGCGAUGGAGAAUCAUUCAUCGGAAUGAAGGCAAGACGCUGCGUGGGACACAGAUAAAAAAGGAGAUGAUGUUGUUGUUAGAGGACUUUAUAAAUAUACGUAAAUAUGCUACGGCCAAACAGAAACCGUUGAUCGUACUACUUCAGCUAACUGUUCUAGACGCCUUCGUCAAAUCGAUCGAUAUGCAACCUGGACUGCUUUAUAUGUUAACUGCCUGCGAUUGCGUUGUUCUUGCUAAUGUUGAUCCCGAUCGUAGCCGCCACGUCCUGCAUCUGUUACGUCACUGUCUCCCAGACAGCAUGAACUUCCUCGGCAUCGGCAUCACUGGACAGGGAGUCAUGCACCUGGAAACCUGUGACGUCGUCGUUGGACUCACUCGCAACCUACGAUCCUGUCCGUGCACAUAUCGCAGUGUAGAUACUGAUACCCAAGACCCAAACCAAACAUCUUUCGAAGCGAAUGCACCCUGGACGAAUGCACCCCACAGCAACAUACAACUAGCAGACCAUGUCGUAUCCCCCACUGCUGAUACCAUCAAGUCCGGUGUUACUCCCGGUGUCAUCCACUACCCCGACCCUCAGGCGUCCAAUCAACGGGCGCUCGAUUCUCGUGCUUCCGAGCCACCUGCAUCGAAUAGCCAAGACAUACUAUUUCCCACCGGUCUACCCACUCUUAUCGUCCCACCGUCCAACGUGGUCGAAAAGGAACCUGAAGAAGAGGAACCCGUAAUCGUGGGACCGUUGCCUGAGGGUAAUGCGGUGGACGUGUCGAGUUCGGCGGACAAUCGGAACUCGAGUUUCUUAGCGAUGACGCGAGUUUUACUGGGUAGUGGUGAGGAGGAGUAUGCGCUGAGUCGUCUCUCUAAAGUUCGUUCGUUACCGGAACCAGCUUCAGUAGAAUCGGGACGAAUUUUAUCAUUUAGUAAGAGUACCUUAAUAACGCGCUCCAAUUUGGUCAUGCCGAGUUUGGGUCACUUGGCACAUUUCAUGAAGUUCCAGGGCUCGAACUGUAACAGGCGAUACAAGGCGCUGGCGAUAUGGUUGACGUACGUGCAAUACAUGUUCGUCUUACCGUGCAUGUUUUACGACUUCGAAUCGGCAGGUUCCAUGGACGGCUUUCCUCUGUCUGUAUUGGCCGUGGGUGCGGUAGUGAUGCUGGUAUUGCCAUUGGGCUUCCUACGUUUCCAACCGGAGAAACCGGAACCAGUUUUUCCAUGCCAGGAGUUUGAUUUAAAGACAUCUGGUCUAAGUCUAAGCUGGUUCGAUGUAAGUCUAAAUUUCUUGGAGGCCUUGGGGACCUGCGCCUUAUCCUUUUACUGGGCCAAAUACACGGAACAGCAGUCUGGAUGGCCGUCGAAUGGCAAGGUAUUCAGUGGGUUCCAAGGAAUGACAGUGAUUGGCGUGUUUGCUAUUUCGAUCGCCCGCUAUUUGUUAAUCGAAUUUGGUCUGGCUCAUGACGCACGUAUGGGCGCCGGUGCGAACGCGCCCCGCAUCAACCUGUGGACCUCCCUCGCCAGCGUUACCGCCACCAUCGGACUUGGAUUGUUCGCAUUCUGGUGUCUGAAUUAUUUGCGCGUGCUCGGGACACUCCUGGGCAUCCUGUCCGUGCUCUUCGUCUCCCUGGCAAGCGUGGUCAUAGGUGCCGCUCUAUAUCGGCUACGGGUGGCAUCCUUCCGCCGCUACGCCGCCCGCUUCUGGACCCGACUCUGGGAAGUCUGUGGCGCCGCCAUUUCAAAACUAUCACUUCGACUCAUGGGUCUUGGCGACUAUUCUGCCCGCGAAGGCCCUCCCAGUGACGACUUGAUCACCGGCGCCAGUCGUGAAGGACGUACCAUUACUCUCAACGCUCUCAGCAAAUUCGACCACGAUGAAAACGCAAACGGCAGUCCUGAAGCCGAAGCCGAAGACGGGGAUGGAAACGGUAGUCCUGAAGAGGGGGGCGGAAACGGCAGUUCCGAACCCGGCCGUGGCGGGAGCAUAGACGGCUCCCGCCCCAGCCCGGACGGGAACCGGAUGGCCGAGACGGACAAGAACGGGAGCCGGGCAAUGGCCAAGUCGCCAGUAGAGACGCGCGGUACUUUGCGGAACGUGUCACCGCCGCGGUUUGUGAGGCCGGACAAAAGUUUGCGGUCGAAGACGAGUCGGUCGUGGCAGGACGUGCACAUUCCGAACUUAGCGCGGGCUCGAUUGCCAGAUACGGUGGUGGACGAGAACUCGGCCUACAUCUACGACGACGUGUCCUUGGGGACGCUCUCGGUAGGCGAGGGUCGGAUAGACUCGGAUGUGUUGCAGAGCCAGAGCGACCUGGACGAGCAGCUGGCGUACCGGGCAAACACUGAAGAGGAUGACCAUUCGGGUGUCUCCGGAGGCAACAGUUACCGCGACCUGCGUUCUGAGGCGACGGCCCUUUUACGAAAGUCAGCCGGUGAGCAGACCGGGCAGACUGUGGUGGAGUCUAAGAGCAUCAAGGGCAUGACCGAUUGGACCGGCAUGCGUUUCAAGGACAGCAAGCUGGAAGCACUCUUCCGCUACAGCUGCACUAUGGAACGCCGAAGUGCGAAGCCCGCUUACCUCGCCUACUCAGUCUUGAUGCUCGCAGUGUGUGUGGCCACGUUCAUCGCGCGCAAACUCAUUAUGGACGUGCGCUGGGCGGAUUAUCUCGUCUUUUCCGUGCACGUGACACUUUUCACGCUCAUGAUCGGAUCGACACUAACCAACAUUAUUUACUUAAACUUUCGCACACAAAUGUAUGUUUUCGCCUUUGUCUUCACACUCUCUGUCUUCCUCGACCGCUGGACUCGUCUUCCACUGUAUCCACUCGUACUCUGUCAUGCCACCUGGCUCUUUGUAAUCAGCCGCAUGCGGCUCGAAGACGCUACCGCAAUUAGUCUGGCACAACUUAUCGCACUCUUCGUCUCCUACUACGUCAUUCCGAAACGGAGGAUACAAGGAGAUGAGCGCAACUACGCCUUUUCCAUCUUUCUGCUUGUAAACGAUCUGGGCUCCUUCGCCUUCAUGUAUAUCGUGGGGGCGCGUCUUGCACUCACUGACCGCCAGCGGUUCUGGCUAAAUUACAAAGUUGAACUGGCGAAGGUUAAGAAACGAGACAUUCUUACCAACAUGCUCCCCACGUUCGUGGUAGACCUGAUGCUCAAGAACGGAGUGAACGAACUGGGUGUGCCUCGCGGUAUGACCGCGAUUUGUCCCGGGAUUGUGACUGUGAUUUUUUGUGACGUUUACGACUUCCAGAACCUGGUCAAGAAACUAGAGCCGACACACCUGGUGGAGCUGCUGGACAGCCUUUUCGUCUCCUUCGAUCGACUGGUGGAUUCAUUCGAGGUAAUCAAGAUUGAGACAGUGUUUGAGACGUACCUGAGCUGUGCAGGCAUCACUCUCAGUGGCGAAGGAACACCUGACGAACUCUCGCUUCGUGACUGUUUUGCAGCACUCGACUUUGCCCUCACUCAGCUGCAGGUUGUCGCUGGUAUUAGCUACUCGGUCAAGGACGACAGCCCCGCUAAUGUGCCCGAUGAGCCGGUGAACGCCGACUACAUUACGGGUAGCGAAGACCUUAAUUUCCGCACAUUAGACCUACGGGCCGUGGACCUGGGGGCACUGGACAUCCGUUCCAAACAUGACGCAUCCCAUUUACCAGGUCAACCUGGCCAUUUAGAGGGUGUGCUCGAUCCCCGGUAUUCACCCGGGGUGGAACGCGGUAAUGCGCUGCCAGACCUGGGCAUGUCCGACGAAACUGGCGCCGGCCAGGCCACGGUCUAUCAGGACCACUCCAUGUCGCGCUCGGGUGCUGGUGUUGGCGGGGGACCAUUUUCCGAUGGUUACUUAAGCGGUGCGCACGGUCGGCGCGAAGGCGAAGAACGUGAACAAACAGCAAGUCGUCCGCGUGAGGAACGUCGCGAGAAGCUGCAUGUAAAGAUCGGGAUGCACACGGGAUCAGUAACAGCUGGUGUGGUAGGUGGUAAGAAACCGCAGUACGCGUUGUUUGGAGACACUGUAAAUACUGCCAGUCGAAUGAAGUUGACAGGCGAGAAGGACAAGAUCCAUGUGAGUAAUACGACCUAUGACUUGCUCAAACAGGAUCCCUCGCUAAGCUGGCUCGAACAGGCUAUGCAGGUCAAGGGUAAAGGACUGAUGGAUACUUAUCUGCUCACCAAGGUAGACGGCACAUCCUAUCCCACUUUCAUCGACUCUGAUGAUGAAGACUGGAUCAGUCUCGGAGGAGGCGACGAACUCAGUCUGGGUUCGGGUAGCAGUAGCGUCUCGGAUGAGGCACUACCCGCCCCCGAAGUCUUGCGCCCCCGCGCUUCAGCCGAUCUUAACCCUCGUUCGGCAGAAGGCCGUCUGGGCGAAGGUCGUCUUGGAGGAGACGGCCGUCUUGGAGGAGACGGCCGUCUUGGACCAGAUGGGCGAUUGGGGGACAGUCGGACGCCGGGGUCGCAGGACAUGCGCGAGGACGGGCAAGACGGUUCAGGCCGGCGUGGCUUGCUGUUCCCAAUUCGCGGACUGCGAAGGGCGACGGCCUUCGUGAGUCCGGAGGAGCAGCCCACUGCGGAAAACGUAUUGCAAGAUUCGAGACUGCCGGUCACACCUCUCGCCAGAGAACGCUCUGGCCGCCAUAGUGCCGGCCUGCGGUGUGGCACUGAAUAUCGUGAUCUGGACCAUCAUGGUUUGGGCCGUCGGGAUCGAGAACGUGUGCCAGGAGCAAGACACACUCACGUACCGGGCAAGACAAGUCUGAAACAGUUCUUCCGUUUUGUUGACGAUGUGUGCAACCACGUUCAAACGCGGCGCCGUCUCACAGACCGCGUACAAGCCCGACGGGGGCUGGUCAGUCCGGACGCUGCAAGUUGUGAGUCGGUUGUUGGUUCCGUGUCAGCUCCGGUAGGUGGCGCAGUACAUGUCGGCCGUCAUCAGGCGACUGCGUCGUCUUCGACGGAGAAUGCGGCCCUGCUCCAAGACCCGCUGAUGAGGCCCGCGCAAAUGACGGAGCGUUUCUCGGGCCAACUGCACCCAAGCAUGGACUAUUCGAAUACGCUGCAUCAGACGGCAGGUAGCCUGCCGGGCGGCGUGGAGCUGGGUGGUAGCACUGUCAACCAGUUGGGAGGUAAUGCCGCGAGCCAUUUGGGUGCGGACCAGCUCAACGGUGGUGCAAACCAGAACGGUGGGAAUCAGGUGAGUGGCAGUGCGAAUCAGUUGAGUGUGAGUACGAACCAGUUGAGCGGGGAGGAGGGUCCGGUGGCGAGUGUAGUGAAUAGUCGGAACAGCAAGAACACGAACAGUCGUGUGGCAACGGUUUAUAUGGAUCCUCGUUCGACGUUUGUGGAGCGGCGGCAGACUUGGGCGGAACAGCAGCGAGUGGGGUUGGUGGGUGAGGAUAGGACUGAGCAUUCGAAGUCACUGGAGACAGGCUUAGAUGAGAUGGCCAUUGAGAAGGCGAUUCAGUCGCAGCGUGAGGGUUACCGGGAGUCAACGAGAGAUUUGAACUUCCUGACGGCAACUUGGCGUGACGGAGAUUUGGAGAACGAAUAUCGGGAAUUUAUCCGCAAUGACGAACCACAUAUUCGGUACACAUUAGCAGCAUUGAUCAUAUUCUUACUGACACGAGGACUAACUGCGGUUAGCAGGACCUAUACGCGAUACACUGCAGACGUCGUUCAAAUAAUGACGAGACAGCCUGCGAACCCGGUCACGAAUUUGAUUGUGGCAUAUUGGAUAAGUCGUGGAGCAGAGUUGCUUUGUGGUUUCUUUGCGUGGGGAUUGUUACAUGUGAUGAGGCGUACUGAGACAGCACGUGAGUGGGCUAACUUUACGGCUCAGUUUUGUUCAUGUUUAUAUAUCUGUUGUGUUCUAAGUUUUGUCAUGUUACCAGGUUGGACAUUUUUGGUGCAGGACAACAACUCAGAGAUUACACCGUGGUGGGAUUGGAGUACGGACAUUGUCGAGUUUACUACAUUAUUGUUAAUUCUGCACCAUAACUAUGGUUUCGUAUUUCAGCAUUUGAUCAUAUUUGAUGCCUUUAUUCUUACCCUCAUAAUGAUUUAUCUUUGUCUUGUUGUACAUGAAAACGAAGGAUCACGAAUAAGCAUCGUUGUAAUGCCCUUUCUACUUGCUAUCAUGUUAUUGAGCGCAUAUGUUAAGGAAAAUCAGGACCGAGUCAGUUGGUAUAUUUCGCGUAGAUUUAGACACUCAGAAGAUAAAGCGAAGGAAAUGCUGGUAGAUAUGUUACCCAAACAAGUACUGGAGGAAUUCCAAACCGACAAGCUACGACUCGCGUAUAGCCAUAAUGACAUCACCUUCCUCUUUGCAGACAUCGUCGGAUUCACCAAUUACAGCUCUACUGUUACACCUGAGGAAGUGGUUAACCUCCUCCAACGGCUCUUUGCCGCCUUCGAUCACGAUAGCACACGUUUCUACCUAUUUAAACUUUGUACCAUCGGCGACGCAUAUGUCGCCGUCUCCGACCCUCCCACCGAAUCACAAACCAACUACGAUCCCAUCCCCGGGCUACUAAACGUUUGGGACAUGACGCAGGCCAUGCUCAAAACCAUCUCCCGCAUCCGAAGCGAAGUCGGCGUCCCCUCGCUGGACAUGCGCAUCGGCUGCCAUCUCGGAUCCUGCGUCGGCGGCGUCAUAGGCUCCGGACGCAUCCGCUACGACUUCUGGGGCAUGGACGUGUUGAUUGGCAACUCCAUGGAAAGCAACGGCAAACCUGGACGCAUCAACGUCUCAGACACCUGGCGACAAUGCGUCGAACAUUAUUCUCCCGGCUCAUUCUCCUUCACCUUCAACAAAGUCGUCGAAGUCCAAGACACGCAAGUAGACACCUGGUUCGCCAACGAAGUCCGCCGAAUACCCCGACAGGCCAGAAACCCCGACUUAGAUAGAUCAAAGUUCGCCAAAAAGAUAUAG